AUGUCAAUGACCUUGGGACGCGUAGCCCCUGCUGAGAAGCCAACGAAGCCUCUUAUUCUCCUGUGUGACGGCACCUGGUGUGGCCGGGAGGUGGAUACUAAAACUAAUAUUUAUAAACUUGCUGAAAGAGUUGGGUUCGACUUCCAAGAUGACGCUGCUGCGCACGGAGUCUCUGGCAGAGUUUGCUACAUGGAAGGCGUGGGUCUUGGGAGCUCUUUUUUAGAUUACAUAUUCAAUGGUGUUACAGCGCAGGACAUUGCCCGUCAGUGCAUUGAAGCUUACGAAUUCAUUGUGCGAAAUUAUACGUAUCCAGAUCAUGAAAUCUGGAUGUUCGGCCUCUCUCGAGGUGCCUACUUGGUGAGAGCUGUUGCUGGUAUGAUUAACAACUGCGGAAUUGUCAAACCAGUAAAUGUGGACGGGGCUAUUGAUACACCACAAACCCGCCUACUUUGCGAAGCUGUAUACGAUAUCUAUCGUUCCCCUUAUCCCAUUGACGAACCACACUCUUCCCAAUCACAAAUCUUCAGGCGAUCCAAGUCCUGGCCGCUCAUCGGCGAUGAAGACCGUGCGAAUCGCACGGCGCCAAGGUUCAUCCCACCCAUAAAAUUCAUGGGACUUUUCGACACAGUUGGCAGCCUGGGAUUACCAGACUUUACUGGAGGUGUGGGUCUAGACUGGCCAGCCUUUUAUGAUCAAAAUAUUUCUACUGCGGUCGAGAAUGUCUACCACGCUGUGUCACUCCAUGACCGGAUCUAUCCAUUCCAACCUUGUCUGGUGAACCGAAAUGGGAAGAGGAUCGGUGUCACAAAGCAAGAGUGGCUUCCUGGUGUGCAUUAUGACCUUGGUCGUCAGAAGUUCAGAUUUUUACGAGAGUUUGGGGGCGGCAAGCUGGAACAAUUCCUUGCCCGCUGUAAACUCGCCAGCAAAACCGUUGAGCCGAACCAUGUACUCGCAGACUUUGCCCUACGAUGGAUGCUGCUCGCUAUUCGCGCUCACAAUCCCCAGCCGCAGGCUGCGUACCAAGUCAUGCCGGCGAUUGACCCAUUCAUUCAAGAUGUAACCAGUGAUAUCCGAGACAGAGCUCAAGAUCCUGGUCAAGUAGGGGACGGUGACGUGUAUGGUCGCAUACUUUACUAUGCGCCUUUCGGAUCAUUCAUCCUAGACAUCAUGAGAACAUUGCGAGGCACCAGGGGGAAAAUCUCUGCCAUCUACCAGCUUUUCUUUGACCUACGAGAUCGGCUUAUACCAGAGCAGGAUGCAACAGUCUACGAUUUUCGUCAUUUUGACCCAGAUAUCGGGGAAUCCAUUGAGAACCUUGGAGAGGUUUCUGAGCAACGGUACCCGUCGAAAUCGUACGCGAAAUGGGAGUUGUGGCGGUAG